AUGUCACUCCGUGAGACAGUCAAUAGUGUUGAUACAAACGCGAAGCGCCAAGCAUGUAUGGAGCUAAUCAACGAAGAUUACAACAAAUUAGGGCAAUACAAAAUGGGAGAAGUACAAAGCAGAAAUAUAAUGAUCAUCGGACGAACGCGUACGGGUAAAUCAACCAUCAAAUUAUUGCUGAUGGAUCCUAGAAAUGUGCCUGAUGAAAUGACACUUAAAUCAGGAACUAAGGACCCUCAAUUCCAAACAUUUCAUAUACAACAACAGGAGGUUGUGCUUAACAUUAUUGAUACACCCGGCUUGUUCGAACGUAGUAAUGUAGAAAGUGACAUACGUCCUGAUGAAGCAAUUUUGAAGGGAAUUCAAUUAUGUGCUAAUAUGGAAAUUACUAAAUUUCAUGCUAUUUGUUUUUGUGUAGCCCUUACGAGUGGCAUCAAUGCUCAAGACGUUGAAGCUAUCGAAAAAUUAAUCGCAUUUCUCGGGGAUGAGAUAAUGAACAAUUCCUGUUUGGUUAUAACACACUGUGAGUCUAAAGAUGAAGAACAACGCAAUAGGUUGAAAUUGGAAUUGGAGCAAGAUACAUUCUUCAAAAAGAUAAAUCCAUUUUUCAAAUUGGGCGUUUACUUUUCGGGCUCACUCAAUAGCGAUGACUACAAACACGGUAACGAAAGUCUUAAAAACCAAUACCUGACUAUCAGUGAUUACCGUAAAAAGUUACUCGAUCUGUUUAUCAAAAUUGAAAAGCCGUUUCCAAUCAGUGAGAUGAUAAUCAGUCAAAUACGACAAGCUAACGAUUCGGUAGAGCAGAAAACGGUCCAACUUGAGGAUGAGAAACAAAAGAAUGAUGAACUUCAGAGCAGAAUAAAAGAGUUACAAGAAAAAUAUUUAAAGGAAAAAUGUCUCGCCGAUGACUUACGAGUAAAAUAUGAGCAACAGGAACGUUUAGUUACCGAUUCACGAGUCACACAUGGACAGAGAGAAGGCCAAUUAAAAAAUUUACAAGAAAAACUACAACAGAAAGAUAACAUCAUUAAACGCCGCGAAAAAUGCCAAGCGCAACUAGGCAACGAUCUGAAAAAAAUAAUUGAGAUGGAAGAACAUCAAACUAAAAAGCUAGAAGACAACUGUGCGAAACUGGAACAUUAUAACUACGAGCUAAACCAAAAGUUCACAUCAUUGAAUUCCCAGUGCUAUACUCAUCCAGUCCAAUCUUAUUCAGUUCAACCUUAUUCAGUUCGGCCUUAUUCAGUUCAACCUACAAUACAGGACGUACGAGAAAUAUUAGAGAAGCAACAACGUUUCAUCAAAGCUUUUAAAGAAAUUCAUGCAGCACAAGACUGCUUAACCAAAACCCUACGGGAAAUAAUUGUAGAGCUCUCGUCGGUUAUCGAAAACUCAUAA